AUGAGUAACGAAAAUACGGAAAUUUGUCGCGAAAGUUUAUGCGAAAAUGCUGAAAUCGUCGAAGGAGCAAAAAAUAUCGACAAAACGGAAGAUUUACAGAAAUUACCACCUGAUCGCGACGUGGUCAUGCGUUUACAAGAUCAAUUUCACAUUGCUUCUAAAAUUUGGAGGAAAGAAAUGAAUGACUUGCGGUAUAAACUCGUGAAUGAGAGGAACAUCAGCUCACUCGAACUUGGGUCUCAAGCCUUGUCGGAAUGCAUGAAAGAACUAACAUCGGCUCAAGAUGCACUUGAAAAUACCUUGGAAUCAGCUGUAGAAAGAAUGACCUUAUUCACUAAAUUUGAGAACACAAGUCGUGAGACGAACGCCAUUCUCAAGGAAGUUAACGAGGUUAUUUACGAAUUAAAGAUGGUUAAUGAUGAUCGGUCAUCGGUUGCUUCUUCCAGACGAAGUAAAAAAUCCUCAAGAAGUAAGUCCUCUCGUUUAACCACAGCAAGCACAACUUCAACAGCGCGACAACGUCGACUCAACUUAGAAGAAGAAUUAGCUACUUUAAAGGCCAAGAUGCAUAUGGCUGGAAAGAAGGAAGAGUUAGACGAAGCCAAUCGAAAGGCUUUAGAAAACCUUGACGAGUUAAGGCUUCAACUUCAGAAAGAAGAAACGAGAGUGAAGGAAGAAAUACAGAACGCCACGAAGAGAUUCCAAAUUGCAGAGGAACUAGCAGAAAAGAAGGCAAGAAUUGAUGCGUGCAAAAAAUUCGAAGAAGAGUUCGCACCACUACCUUUGGUAGACAGCGAUGAGGCAAGUUGUGCCCAAGAACGCCUCACAAGAUUUCUAGGGCUCCAACCGGACAUGCCAAAUGCUGAUAACUCCGUACGGGAAAACACAACUGCUGCCGAGUCCACGCCACCAAAGGACCCGAAAUUAACGCCAAAGUUAUGCCCAUUAAAUCCGUCUACUCCUGAAUUUGUCCCUAAUGCUGUGCCUUCCAUCCCCACAAACCAGCAGGACACUAUACCUCCCGUGAUCGAGAAAAUUGUAACCAACCCUGUCCUCAACGAACCUAGCCUUGUUCAAGCUCAACUUGACGUAAUUUCAAAAUUAUUAGAAGUUCAGAAUCAAAAUCGUCUACCAUUGCCCGAACCUGGAAUCUUCAAUGGCGAUCCCCUCCAAUUUCCAAUUUGGCUAAAGGCAUUCGAGACACUGAUCGAAGGUCGAGCAAUAAAUCCUGCGGAAAGGCUCCACUUCCUAGGCAA